AUGUACCCCCCACGACGACACUGGAUCCUAGCCACUGUAUGACAUACUGGUAAUGAAGAAGCUGUUCUACCCAACAUAGAACGAUGCAGCUUGAUUCAUUCAGUGCUACCAAUUUAACCUGUAACUAAAAUUGAAAAGUACAUGUGUUACUGUUUUCUCUGUUGAACAAGUAUGAUAUCUAUAUUGCUUAUGUAUCUGAAAGAUAAACAAGUCUUACUAUGUACAGGGUUGGGUAGGUUACUUUCUAAAUGUAAUCCGUUACAAUUACUAGUUACUGGUCCAAAAUUGUAAUCGGUAAUAUAACUUUGGGAUUACCCAACCUCAGUAACAUAAUCAGAUUACUUUUAGAUUACUUUCCCCUUAAGAGGCAUUAUAAUAAGACAAAAAGGAUCCAUCAAAUUAAUUUGGUGUAUCAUUAUAGUGGUUUCUGACUUGUGCCUAGACUCGCUCAGAUGGAGCAAACUUAAACUUGCACCUUUUUUCAUUGCUGAAAUCAUUGAAAACAGAAAGGUGUCAUCAAUUAUUUGUAUUGCAAACAUCCUUUCUAAAUUCAGUAGUAAUCCAAGAAGCAAUAAUCUAGUUUUUCAAAAGUAUCUGUAAUCUGAUUACAAUAUUUUAGCUGGUAAUGUAAUUCAUUAAAGUUGCAAUUUUUUUAAUAUUCAGAUUACAUGUGAAUCAGUUACUCCCCAACCCUGAUAUGUAUUUCACUGCCUUUCCGAACAUAUACAUUUUGAUUUCCGUUGGCCUGAGCUUUGACCCGCAUGUGGGAAGCAAGAGGGAAGAAUUUAGUAAAGUGUUUGUCAGUAGCCUCACAAUGUCCAGCGUCUCUCUCAUUAUCACAGCGUGUCUGUAAAUGUUUACAGAAUCUUCAUUAACUUCAAGCCCUCUAACGAUAACAAAGCCUAAAACAAGACAUCAAUGGUCGAGAUAAGAAUGGCCGUGCUACUAUUUUGGUUGACAUGAGGCUACUGUUUACUCUAGAGCAUGGGAGCGGACCCCCAGAACUAUAGCCCUAGCAUAGAAGAAUCUCAAUUUCAACAGAUUGUCACCCAAAGUCAGUUUUAAAUACACAGUGGGAACUGGGAAGGUAAAGCGUGUCGAUUGGGAAGGAUCUGAUCUGAAGAUGCAGUGCUCAAGGCGUUUCUUCUUCCAGAUGUGUCUGAGUUUGCUGGUGUCCACGGGCUCCUGUCGGUGCAAACCACUGAACGAUGUCCUCCAAAGUGAAGAUCGCGGGGGCUUCUCUGAGACUUCCGAGCAGGACCUGGUCGAAGAGGAGGACAGGUUACACAGCUUUCUGGGAACCAUGAAGGAAGAGUUUCUGAGGAAACUCAAUUUAUCCGAUGUCCCACAUGAGCAAAGCAAGGUAUACCCGCCGCCGUUCAUGAUUGAACUGUACAACAAGUAUGCCUCCGACACGUCCUCAAUGCCUCGUUCUGAUGUCAUUCGCAGCUUCACCGUUCAAGAUGUCAGUCACUCUGAAAAAAAUGGCACCAAGUCAAAACACAGACUUCUGUUCAAUGUAACUGUCCCAAAUCACGAAGAGGUCACCAUGGCGGAACUCAGGCUGUUCACCCUGCUGGAUAAUAGGACAACCUCAACCUCUACCAAUGGGAUCGUGGCUUCCAUAAAGGUCUAUGAAGUGGAGUAUAAAGGAAACAAGGCCAUUGCCCACCUUGUGGAUGGGAAAGAGGUCAUUGGUACCCAUCACUCUUGGGAAACUUUUGAUGUGACCACUGCCAUCCAGAGUUGGGUCAAGUCGGACCGCGGGGCCAGUGAGUUUGAAGUGGUGGUCGACAGGUGGGACUGUAGGCCUUUCAAAGGUGGAGGUUUGGACGUGAGCGUGGGUGUGGGUGUGAGGGAUAACACGGCAGCUGCUUUGAUCGUCUUCUCUGAUGACCUGGGGAGCAGGAAGAGAGAGGCCAAGAAGGAGCUGAGGGAGAUGAUAGUUCAUGAGGAAGAGACACUCUUCUCACGGAGCGACUGGCAAGGGAGCGACUACAAUGAGAUCCCCUUGGACUUACACCCCAGGCGGAAGAGGCAGGCGGACACCAACUACUGCCGACGGACCUCCAUGCGAGUCAACUUCAAAGAUAUCGGCUGGGACCAGUGGAUCGUAGCGCCCCCUGAGUAUGACGCCUUUGAGUGUAGAGGGGUGUGUUACUACCCCCUUACUGACGACAUGACCCCUUCCAAACACGCUCUCAUCCAAACCCUGGUCAAUCUCAAGAACCCCAAAAAAGCCAACAUGGCGUGUUGUGUUCCCACAAAACUGGACCCCAUCACGGUCAUGUACCAGGAGAAUGGUGUCAUCACUAUACGACACCCGUACGAGGAGAUGAAGGUGGCAGAGUGUGGAUGUAGGUAGUGAGUGGUAACAGCCAUGGUGGUCCCCUUUAACCCUUACUGUAAAUCUGUACAGUUCUGUUGUAAGGAUGCAUUUUUGUUCUUUUAUUGAGUAUAUGUUCAGCAAAUGCACAGUCUUUCUAGAAUAGCAAUAAAGCCUAUGAUACAAUAUUUAUAAAUUAUUUAUGAGCGUUAUCAUUAUUAUUAUUAGGGUUUUAGAAAAUAAAAUAGAUCAUAAAUUGGAUCUACAGAUGUAGGAUCUUAAUUAGGUGCGCAUGCAAAACAAUACACAACUCUAGAUUUCUUACAUACUCACAUUAUUAUUAUUAUUUAAUUUAUUCUGUUCUCUCUAGCGCUUAAACGACUUAAGCUAUUAACACGAAACCAACGUCCCAAUGUGCAGACUGCCCCAACAGACUGCCACUAUUAGCAUAAAAUAACUCACCAACAGUAACUCUUGAAACGUUCAAGUUGGAGACACCAAACCAACUUUCACAUUUCCAGACUAUUCUAAUUUCAGAUUCUUUAAAACUUUAAUCAACUAGAAUGAUAAACAUUUGCAUAAAUUAGCAUAAAAUAACUCACCAACAGUAACUCUUGAACAGUAAAAGUUAGAGACACUAAACCAACCGUCACAUGUUCAGGCUUUUGUAACUUCACAUUCUUUCGUAAUCAACUAUAACUAUAUAAAUGUGCAUUCAUUUGCAUAAAAUAACUCACCAACAGUAACUCUUGAACCGUUCAAGCUAGAGACACCAAACCAACUUUCUCAUGUUCAGUCUAUCCUAACUUUAAAUUCUGAAAAUCUUGUAUCAACAAUAAAUAUAAAAAUGUGCAUAACAUAACCAACCAACAGUAACUCUUCAGACAUUCAAGCUAGAGACACUAAACCUACUUUCACAUUUUCAGGCUAUCCUAACUUCUAAUUCUUGAACACAUGUUAAUUAUAAUCCACAUAAUAAUUCACAUUUCUUGUUGCCGCAGGAUUAUUUUCCUGCUGUAGCAAACUGGCUCAAAUUAAGAUCCUACAUCUGUAUUAAGUCUGUGUGCAUCUAUAGUUUGAUAUCUAUAACAAAAUGAUCAUGAUAUCUAAAGAGUUUGUACAUAGUGUUGUUUAUUUAUCAGUUGGCUAUAUCUUGCUCUACAAGUUUUAUGGUAUUAGAUUUUUAAAGUAUUUUUAUAGCAGGGCAUUUCUGAUUAUGACUUCUAAAUUAUUGCUUUGAAUUAAAUAUGGAUUGUUCUCAUUAGUUUCAUAUUAGAGUCAGAGAUUGUGGAUUAUAGGUAAAGGUUGGCACUAUUACAUAACAGUGCAUUUCUGUGCUGCAGUUGUACUACUAUAUGAAUAUUCAAUGUGCAUUUAUGAAGUUCAACUUUUGGGGAAGUUCUUCAUUGAAUAAUGUGUAUAGAGCGCACUCUACAGGUGAACAAUAAACAGUUGUCUCAACAAAUUCAUAAAACUUAAAACUGAGUAUAUUUUUUUAACUGUGUAUUCAUUUGAAUGUAUAAUUGUUCUAUAAAGUAAGGAAUUGGUUUGAAUGUAUUAUUUAUUUCUUAUAUAUCUUACUCCUUCGUUCUGCCCCUGAACAAGGCAGUUAACCCACUGUUCCUA